AUGUCGGCUAAACUGUAAGUUUCAGUUCCAUUCAAUUCCAUUUCCAUCCAAUUUCAGCGUACUUUUGUUCCUCGCCCUCCUCGCGGUCCUUCGUCAGUCGACUGGCCAGUACUACGGUGGAUAUCCGACUGCCUACGGUAACAGUAUCUACGGAGGAGCAGCAGGAGGAUACGGUGGUUAUGGUUAUGGAUAUCCCGGAUCCUAUGGAGAUUAUGGAUACGCCUCGCCGAGUUACUACCCUGGAUCCUAUGCUGGAUACGUCGGAAAAAGGAGCAGCGGGUUCGAACCGAAAACAAUGUGA